ACUCUUUAGGGCCUCCAUAUAAACCAAAAUGCUGCUGCCAGAGUUCAGACUGGAAUUAGCAAGGCCAUACUUUUCCAACAUUAGGUUAAAAUAAAAUAAACGUAACAUGUAGGAUAGACUUGAAUUUCGAUAUCUUAUGCAUUUAACUGAGGACUUCCAAACCUUUUUGUCUUCACAGCAAUAUAAAUACAGUUACUGUAAAGUGAAACUGGAUUACAGAACUGCAACAGCGAGACGAGGGACGAGCAGCAGAAACCUGCAGGCUACAAGCUCUGACAAUCAGGGAUUUUCAGUGAUGGCUUUUCAAAAUCCUUGCUCAAAGUGUGGCCAGCACCUUCAGUCUCACCCAGUUGAGACUGCACCAGAAGUUGUGAAGAAUAAUGAUAAUGGGUCUUCUAAGGAUGUUAAGAAACAGGCUACUAGAAACUCUGACACUCAGGAAUCUUUAGUGGCUUCUCAGGAUUCUUGCUUACACUGUGGCCAUCACCUUCAACCUCACCCACAUCAGACUGCAAGAGAAGUAGUCAAGAAUAAUUACAUGAGAUUCUCUAGUGAGGAUUUGAACCAGGCUGCAAGAAACUCUGACACUCAGGAAUCUUUAGAGCCUUCUCAGGAUUCUUGCUCAUGCUGUGGCCAUCACCUCCAACCUCACCCACAUCAGACUGCAAGAGAAGUAGUCAAGAAUAAUUAUAUGGCAUACUCUCGUGAGGAUUUGAAACACGCUGCAAGAAAACCUAACACUCAGGGAUCUUCAGUGAGGGCGUCUCCAGGUCCUUGUUUACACUGUGGCCACCAACUUCAACCUCACCCAGAUCAGACGCCAAAAGAGGAAGAUGCAAAAGGUUUUUCAAAAAAAAACACCCGCACGACAACUCUUUCACUCUUUCCAUCUCGACCUACAGUGACAGUUUUCUCAUUGGUUACUGGUGAGACCUUUGAUGCUCAUAAAUCAUUACUGAAAAAGGUGAAGAACGAAAUGUCGUCCAAAACAAAGAUGAAGAAUGUUCCAAACCAACCGGACAGUGACAUCAUCAUCGUCUUUUGUCCAAUCAUGUCUCGUGUUGGCUCAGAUGUGGAGGCAGCGAUGAUGCAUAUGAAAGACUUGCCUUCAUCAGAUGAGAAACCUGUCAUUUUAGUGAUAAUGCAUCACACCCGAAAAGACAACUAUUCAACACAUGGAAGGAAGUGGUCUGAAAUAUAUCCAGUCAUCAAGUCGCAGGUUCAUGUUCUCUUCCACGAGACUCAGCCGGGGUUACUGAAAUGUAACAAGAAUGAUCAGGCUGUCAAUGAAAUACUAAAAACCUUAUGCCUCUACAGCCAACGAUGAUGAUUUGUAUGCUGUUAUAGUAAGAAAGUGCUGUUUACAGUAACUGUGUACAACCUAACCGUGUCUGCAUCAACCAAUCUGUAGAAAACUCCUAAAAACUUGGUGUUAGGCUUGUCGGUUUGUGUGCAGCUACAGUGUCCCAAAAAUAUUUUAUUCACAAAAGUGAGUAGAUGUGAAUGGUAUGGUGUUAUUUAAAACCUUUUAGCCCCAGCCGUUUCAAGUGAGAUAUUCACACCUCACCUGAGGACCAUAUUUGGUCCUGUACAUGUGGCCUAAAAGGUGAUGAAUCUCUUUGAUCUAAUUGGUAAAUGGUCCUGUAACUUGUCCCAAUUUAUUGUCACUGUUCUGCUCCUGUCACCUAGGUUGUGGGUUCAAUCCUUGCAGAGAAGGGAUGCCACAGUUAUAUCUUGUGCUUUUGCUGUCUUGUAUGUUUUAUUUCUUCCUUCAUUGUGGCUGAUUUGUGCCUGCUAUUAUGUGCGACUUUACUUCCAUUCUAGAUCUUGAUUUUGAUUGUGACACUUCCUGUUUCAUCAUCAUCCUCUGUAGCUUGUCUCAUUAAUUGCUUUCUCCCCUUUACUUUUCUAAAAUUCUGGCAACUGUUUUGUUAUACCGAGUAUUUUGAUUUAAAUCAUUAAUACAAAGUAAGUCUCAGAAGGGC